CGGAGCUCCGCCCUCCCUCGCAGCCCCUCGACCGCGCUGCUCCCCGGGGCUGCAAUGACUGCCCCGCCUGGGGCCGCCCUGCCGCCGGGCACCCUCUCCCCGCAGAUUCAGCAACCUGUCUGGGCCAGCAGGAGCAUGCAGCUGGCCUCUGUGGGGUAGGGGAUGUGAGUGUCUAUGCCAAGGAGCACCCCAUGGCUGGGCUCUGUGCAGAAGGAAGGUUUAUCAACAUCUUUUUUGAAUUGUGGACACCAGACUGGACACAGUGUUCCAACAGCGGUCACACUAGUGCCAAAUACAAAGGAAGACAACGCAUCUGGCAAAAUUUUGAGAAGGCUCAAGGCUUUAAAGAAGGCUCGUCUAAAUAAAGGAGGGUUAAAGUGACAUUGCAGUUACUUAAUCCUGUGCUUUCCUUCCAUGUGACUCGAGCAAGACUGAGGUACAGCUUUUCUUUUUCCCGGUGCACAGAUUAUACUGCUCCUAGCAUCUUCCAGCAGCAGUUCUGUACACCAGAGUAGCAAUGGAAAUUAAACAAAGCAGUGGCAAGCAUUUUACAGCAGGGCUGCAAGGUAACGGUCAGGCAUUUCCAAAGCACAGUGAAAACCUUGCUGUCUGAAAAAUGAAUCUAAAGAAAAUUCAGCUUUUGGACUGAGCCUUGAACCAAGAAGGACUGCAUCAUAUCCUACCGAAGGUUAGCUGUUCAAAGUGAUCUGAAAGCUUUUGGAUUUAUUCAAAGUAGUUAUUGAGCUACCAGUCUGAGGUGUGCCCAUCAGUGUUUUCAGGGCAGCAAACUAGAACCUGAAAGUUAAAGAAGUGUCAAAUGUAUUGCAUUUGUUUGCACUCCAUUGAAAAUGGACUCCUUGCUUUUGUAUGUGUACAGUUUACAGCUUUAAUUAGCAAGCCUUUUUUAUCUUACAGAUAAGGAUUUAAAAUUGCUCGCUGGAGAUUAAAAGCCAAUUGGUUUUUAAUUUUACUUCUGAUUUUGGAUAGAACUAGCAAUGUAUAUAUAUGAUGGCAAAUUUGGUUUGUAAGUCAUUUCCACACUGAUCUUUGGACCUCUGGCAAUUUUUGUUCAGGUUAUCACAAUUCUGUUAUGUCCAGGAUUGUAUUCCACUGGAACAGCUUGCUAAACCAAAUGGAAAUGUGAUCACUCUGUGGACUAUGACAACAAGCUAUAUGAAUGGCGGAGGUCUUGGAAACCACCGAUAUACCAGGUGGAAUCGUGAGGACAGCGGAGAGGACUAUGGGCGGGCUGAGUGCUAUGGAGAAGAUGAGGAGUGCAGGAAACGCAGGCUGACCCCGUUUGAGAAGCUAACCCAGGAUAUGUCCCAGGAUGAAAAGGUGGUGAAGGAAUUAACUCUGGGGAAGAGGAUUGGAUUCUAUCGAGUCAGAGGGGAAAUAGGGAGUGGGAAUUUCUCACAAGUGAAGCUUGGAAUUCAUUCUCUAACCAAAGAAAAAGUAGCAAUUAAGAUUUUGGACAAGACCAAGUUGGACCAGAAGACUCAACGCUUACUGUCCCGUGAAAUUUCCAGCAUGGAAAAACUGCACCACCCGAACAUUAUCAGACUUUACGAAGUGGUGGAAACAUUGUCAAAACUGCACCUUGUGAUGGAGUAUGCAGGAGGUGGGGAACUCUUUGUUAAAAUCAGCACAGAGGGAAAGUUAGCAGAAAUGGAAAGUAAAUUAAUUUUCUCCCAGAUUGCAUCUGCUGUGAAGCACAUGCAUGAUAACAAUAUCAUUCAUCGGGACCUGAAAGCAGAAAAUGUACUCUAUAUCAGUAACACCUGUGUGAAGGUGGGAGACUUUGGAUUCAGCACAAUAAGUAAAAGAGAGGAAACUUUAAACACUUUCUGUGGGUCUCCUCCUUAUGCUGCCCCUGAGCUCUUCCGAGAUGAAAACUAUGUUGGUGUUUACGUGGACAUAUGGGCACUAGGCAUCCUUUUAUAUUUUAUGACAACUGGUACAAUGCCAUUUCGAGCGGACACACUAGCCAAACUGAAGAAGUGCAUUCUUGAUGGGACAUAUAGCCUGCCCCCAUACCUUUCAGACACCUGCCAGAAACUGAUCAGAGGAGUUCUUCAGCCAGUCCCAACUGCACGAUACUCUAUUGAAUGUAUUAUGAAGAACGAAUGGAUGCAAGGGAUACAGUAUCCAAAAGCCUUGGACCCAUUUAAACUGGAUCCAAAGUAUUUAUCAGAGACUAGUACCCUCAAAGAGGAGGAAAUUGAAGUGAAAAAUACCUUGGAAGAUUUGGGAAUCACAGAAGAACACAUUCAAAAUAACCAUGGAAGAGAUUCUCGAAGCUCAAUAACUGGUAUCUACCGAAUUGUUUUGCACAGAGUGCAGAAGAAAAGAGCCCUGGAGACUGUUCCUAUAGUUACACAACCAGAACCCAAAGAGCAAGACUUAAAGAAAGGUCACAGUUCACACCGUGGUAUCAGACAUACAUCCAAGUUGUGUUCAAUUUUAUGAAUUGUAUAUAGCAGACUUUACAUUCAGUAACUUUAACAAGGGGUUUUAUUCAUUUCACAGUAAACUUUGAUGUUACAUUUUUGUAAUUCUUAAAUAAACCAAAACUGCCUUAAAUCUCAAAAUGUAUUAGUUCAUCCAGAGGACUGAUGUGCUCAAACAGACUUGUUUGUGUUUGCACUUUGGCCCACAGACCUCACAUGUAAAAUGGAAGAUAUAUUAAUUGAUUAACAAAUACAAGUUGUUUAAUGGAUGUUUUUUAAUAAUUGAGUAGAAUUACUCAAUAUAGUUGGGCUGAUCUUUUAGGGACAGCUAUUUAUAAUAUGUGGCCACUUGCAGAAACAUUACUUUAUUAGCCUGAUGUUAAGUCACAACAAUACAGGAAUCUAAAUGACUGCCAAUUUGCAAUGGACAAAAUCUGGUUAUUUAAAGAGACUGAUUCCUGAACACCUGUGAAUAUUUAUUUACAAGGAAUCUAUAACUAUUUACUUAAGCUAAGACUAACAGGCAUAUAUUAGGUAUUAAAUGUUAGCGCUUCAUUUUUAGCUAUUCCACCUUGACAGAUAAAGAGCCUCUAACCUUUUUUCCCUUUCUCAUCAUUAGUCCAGGAUCAGCUUUUGAAAAAUCCAGAAAAUUGCUUCUGGUUUGUCUAGGUAUUUCUUGCUGUAAUGUAUCACAAGUUACCCUAUAUUUAAAGUCAAACCCUAACAUGCUGCUCCACUAACUCAAAUCAAACAUUUUGCACCUUUAUUUUAGUACCACUGUGAGAAAUGCUGCUACUCCUGGGUACUGACAGAUAUGCUGCCAUCUACUGGCCUUAGUAUGGUUUGAUCCCUGUGUGAAUUAAUAAGUAAGGCUACGAUUUUGUCAUGGACAUUUUUAGUAAAAAAGUCACGGACAGGUCAUGGGCAAUGAACAAAAAUUCACAGAAGCUGUGACCUGUCCUUGACUUUUACUAAGAACAUCCCUGACAAAAUGGGGAGGCAGGAGGGUCAACUACCCUGCCCCGCUGCAUGUAGUGGCAGGGAGCUGUGGCCCCUCACCCCUGCCCAGCGGCUAGGAGCUUGGGGAGGGUCAGGGAGUGGCUGAGAGCUGACAGGGGUCCUCCGCUGGGCUAGAGCAUCCCCCGCUGGCAGCAGUGGCUGGGCUGCUGCAGGGCCCCAAUGUCACGGAGGUUAGAGAAAGUCAUGGAAUCUGUGACUUCUGCUACUUCUGUGACAUACUUAUUAAUAAGACCACGAGUAAGGAGACGAGGCAUCAAGAAUGCAGAACUACAGCGUACCCAGUCCUGCUCCAAACGAAGGCCAUGGGCUAUUGCUAACAGGCCCAGAUUCCAAGUUUUUCUGGCUUUAGCUUCACUUAUAGAUUCAACAUUAAUGUCCUUGAAUAGGGCAUUAAGGAGACAUACCACAAUGCAGUGCUUCAGCAGCAAACAUUAGCACCGAAAGCCGAAACAGUUUGUUUUUGUUUUACUUCUAAUGGUCACUAGUAUCAAAAAUCAACCACCAACUACCACAACUCAUACACAAGAGUGGGACAAGGUUGGUUGGUUGUUUACUCUGGGUUUUUUUUUUUAAUAUUCUAGUUUCUUGUAAUAGUGGUCUCCUUACUUUAUUCACAUUGCUACGUACCCUUUUAAGAGAGAGCUGCCCUAUGCAAUCCUUGUGUGUAAGGUAGAAGACAAAGAUACUCCUACUUCUGCUUAAGUCGGAAGUUCUGGGCUCUGCUCCCCCCUACAUCAACUUAAAAUACAAACUGUAAGACUGCUUCCCCAAUAGUUAUACCACUAUGAGCUCACACAGUUAAAAUGGCUACUUUGACAGCUAGAGGUAAUCCCCUAUUAGGCCAAGUAAAAACUGAAGUUGCACAGUUUGUAUUACUAACUGACAACCAGAACUUAAGUUCAAAUGCAGCUUUUCCAGCUUUACACUGGCCUGAUAGGGUUUCAAAUAGCUUUUUUUAUACAUUAAAAAUGAAGAGGGGUGGUUCAAUAUUCCUUCAUUUGCUUUUUAUGUAGUAAAGAGGAGCUUGGAUUUAAAAAAAAGCAACAGGAAACUGACUGCAUCGUAGUCAGAGAUGGGUGCAGAGCAAGAGGGCAGUCAAGAAAAAUUAAGUUAUCAAGUCCUUCAAAAUAUUGAAGGAAAGGGGAUAGGAAUAGAAUUGUUGCAGACUACAGCUGCAUUAGAAAUGGUUUGGUUUUAAAGAAUAGGCUAUACAUAAUAUUGAAAUAUACCAUCCUAAAACAGGAUUCUAAAUAUUUGUGGGUUAGAGUGUCAGCUAGACAGUCUGAUUAAUUUUCCUUUUAAUAUUCCACUAUACAACAGAAAAGGGAAGCAUUUACACCAGAACACCUGCAGAGCCUGGGUUCCCUGAUCAGUAACCUGUACAUUCUCCAGUGUUUGCUGGGUCAUUAGAUUCUUCCUAAUCCAUUUAAGAGAUGUAUUCCACAUCAGUUCAGCACUACACCAACACCGGUUUCAUAUAUCUCUAAAAUUUUAUUUACAAAAGCAUCUGCUUCAGUGCUAGUGAAGAUGGCAAGUUAAUUUUUUUUGUGCCCGUAGUUCUUGGCCUGUCCAUUGCCAGCAAUAGACUAUUCUGUGAUAAAUUUGUCUUCUGGCGACAAAUUAAGUUGCUCUUAUGAAAUUAAAAACCCAAAACACUUGCAAAGUAUCUUUAUGCCUCAUUUCUCCAUCACUAUCUGUAAAAGCACUUAGAUCAUUAGUCCACAUCAGUUCAUAUUAAAUGAAAAUUUUAGAAAGUUGACUGUACAUAUCCAACAAAAAAAAAAUUUAUCAAAUCCUAGUGAGUGACAUAUGGUGUAUUAUACAAACACUACAUUACACAAAAACCUGCAUUUUGCACAUAUCAUUUCUGCAAGUUUAUAUUAGACAAUUAAAUUUUGAAGUGGACAGUAAAAUAAAAUUAAACAAAAGACUCAGUCCUGUACAUUAGAACAAUUUAAAUAUAUUUUACAAGUUAGCAAGACUCUUCAUAUCUCAGAAUGGUCUCCCCACUAGUUUUGGGCAUUUAAUCCUUGCCUGAUGAACAGCUUUCAGACUGGAAGGAUGGAAAAAGGUUUUUGUGCUUUCCUGCAACAGUCUUGUUAUAGAAGUACAAGGGGAGUGUGAAAUAUGAAGCCAAUCAUGAGUUCAGAGUUAAAAAUUGUCAUGAAGAAAAAUACAGUAGAAGCAAGAGCUAGGAGUCAAGGACGAACUAUCACAUCUUUUCCCUUUGUGGGUUGUCAGUUUGAUAAGCUCCCCUUAGCAUUUGGAAACCGAGAACUAGAAGUCUGCUCUCUGAUCAUUCUGACCAAAAAAUAAAGAAAAAAAAAAAAAAAAAAAAAGAGUAUUAAACCUAAAGGCCUUUUAAAAGGUGCCAGAUUGAAAGAAUUAGGGAACUAAACCCUUUAUUUGACAGAUAUAGCUUUCUUCCACUGCCCUGCCAAGAACUGCUCAGUGGAAGGACAACAGACUCCAACUUCAUUCAGUCCUUGGCCUCUGCUAAUGUUGCCAAAACAGUAUAGUGGUGGGCUUUAAGGAUGUGGAUAAAAGUGAUGCGAUAUGGACUGAGACCAAAUCUAUCUGGUGGUCGCAGAUUUUUGAUCACUUAAUACCUACCCCUGCUUAAAAAAAUAAGUUAGGAAAAGAAAUGGGUAUAUUGUAUUUAGAAAACUGACUACUUAUUGUCAAGACACUGAGGACCCCAACAUUAAAAACCAAAGUGACUUCAGAAAUUAAAAUUAAGAGAGAGAGAGAAAAAAUGGCUUUUGGUCAGUUUUUGAGGAGAGGAGGGAAACCGUUCCUCCCUCCUAUGCACCUCCCCCCACCCCCCUU